AGUGCCAGGAGGACCAUUCUUACCACAAAUUCAAAGGACAGUUCCCAGCACCAGAGAUGGGUGAAUCAAUCAUCUACAUCCGGCAUAUUGAGUUGCUGGGAUUUGAGAAGCGAUUUUUCCCCAGCCAACACUAUGUUUAUAUGUUUUUGGUGAAAUGGCAAGACCUGUCAGAAAAAGUUGUGUAUCGGAAGUUCACGGAGAUCUAUGAGUUCCAUAAAGUUUUGAAGGAAAUGUUUCCAAUUGAAUCGGGGGAAAUUAACACAGAGAGUAGGAUAAUCCCUCACUUGCCAGCUCCACGGUGGUUUGACAGCCAACGCGCCACUGAAAACCGGCAAAAUACUCUGUCCGAAUACUUCUCUGCCUUGAUCAAUCUUCCACGCAAGAUCUCCCGUUGUGUGCACAUCUUAAGCUUCUUCAAAGUCAGACCAGAUGAUCUGAACCCUUCUACUGCAAACCACCCCAAGAAACCAGAAACAUUCCUGAUACCAAAAGAUUCAAAGAAGAUUGCAACAGACAUCACAGGCCCAAUCAUCCUACAGACCUAUCGUGUGAUUGCUGACUAUGAGAAGAACUCUAGCACUGAGAUGGCCAUGAAGGUGGGGGACAUAGUAGACGUGGUGGAGAAGAGCGAGAGUGGUAAGGAAAUAGCUGGCUACAUUUUUUUCCCCCCAUCUUGCAUUUUGUUGGAAGAAAUGUCCUUCUGGGUUCAGUUCCUCCAUGUUGUCCGAAAAGGUUACACAGCUGCUCAGGAAGACGAGAUUUCCCUGAAGGAAGGAGAAACCAUCGAAGUUAUCCAUAAACUGCUUGAUGGUUGGUGGGUAGUCAGGAAGGAAGAGAUCACAGGCUACUAUCCUUCGAUGUAUCUGCAGAAAGCAGGAGAGGAAAACAUGACCGAGAACAGCCAGCUGAGGAAUAAAGUAGCACCACCUCGAAGGUCUAGCAUCAGCAACAUCAAGAGCAUCCACAAGCAAAGUCGUAAACAGAUCACCCAGGAGACGUAUAGGCGGAACAGCGUGAAAUACAUGCAAAGCAGAAAGAAGCUGAAGAACAAAUUCUUGGGCAAAACCAAUAUUAUCGAAGAAACAAAUGAGAAUGAUGAACCCAAGCCUGUAAUUCCUCCGAGACCCAGUAAAGAUUUGAUUCUGAUUCGUUGUUCUGAGAGCACAAAGAAAAAAAUCCAGUGAGGAAGAAACGGAGGAAUUUAUUGCUCCGUCUUUGCUACCAUCACUAAAAAGAACUCGAGUUAUUCAGAAAGAAUCAUCUGAGGAUCUCUUUUUUUUGGAAGAGUUAUUGCAAACGAUCUCUAGUGAUCCCUUUGCAGUUCUUGUGUUCAGAGGGUAUGAUCCUUUUUUCUGCUUGCUUGAUCAACCUUACAGAGAAGUGUUUAGAGCAUAGAAUAACAUAGCACACGGCUAUUACAACUCUACAGUAAUUAUAUAAUUAUAAUUGCACAUAGAAUUUAGCACUGAUGACUUCUUACAAUUUUUUUCCAUAGUCUUUCUUAUUGUAUAAUCAGUUGAAUCAAGGUGGUAAAGCUAUGCUGAACUGAGUUAGUGUUAAAUCAGUUAAGUUUCUUUUCCCCUGGGUUUGUACAUUUUGCCAACCAAUGCCUGCUUAAAAAGAGUAUUUAUAACUCAGUGUUCUUGGUUUCUCUGAGCGUAGGUUGUUUUCCUGCAGAUGUGUCAUUACCAGAUUUGGUAAUAUCAUCAGUGUAGGGGGCAGAAUGGAGUUUCUUGGUGGUUUAUAUGAUAAUGGCCAGCCCUGCCAGUUGUGAUUGGAGUGUGAUUUCUUCUUUGGGCAAUCAAAGACUUUCACUCUCACCUAUCACUAAAAAUACCAUGAACAAAAUGAGUCUCUUUAAGUAGUUUAUGACUCAAAUGUAUUGUCCGAAUCCAGAAAACAGGUUAAUUCAGUAACCAAGUUAAGUAUGUUGUAAGAAUUGCAUUCAUGCACUAUUCUUGGCCAUUUUAAAUCCUGAUAAUAGUAUUUUUCCUACAUUCAAAGUCUGCUGAGUUUUCACUUCAAUGUAGUAUCUUGUUUGAGGGAUGUUAUUUGUUUGCAGUUUAGCUCCUUUGGUUAGUUUGUGUUCAAUAUAUUAAUGAAGUUAAAUGGUAGGUUUAGGUUUUAUGAUUAGUUUAUUAUGUACGACUAAUUUCAUUGGGAUUAUAAUUUGUAAAUAUAUGACAAUAUAUUUUAUUCUUAUCGCAUGUGUCUAAUUACUGUUUAGAUCUGAUUGUUUUUUUAUUGUAAUUACAGCAUUGAAAUUGUUUUUCUUUCUGCAAAUCCAGAAAAAAGGCUUUCUAUAGCCACAGAGUGAGUGAGCACAUAUGUCCGUAGACGUUGUGAAUCUUGAUCAGUGGGGUAACUGGCACUGUAGGGCAGACACCAACAUUGAGCUUAUGAUUAUUAUGAUGCACAAGUCUAUCAACUUAGUAUAUUUAUUUUUCAUGUGCCAAAUACCCAUACAUAAGAUAGGUUGCUUUCUAAAAUAUGUUUUGGAUAGAUGGGAUCUUGCUUUACAACCAUUGUAUUGCACUUGUAACAUCUGUAGCUAUAUGAUUAAUAAACAACCUGGAGUAAACAA